AACAUAGACAUGACUUUAGUAACCAACCACCCUCUUUUGGACCCCUUUAACACUGAUGAUCAGUACAUCAGCAUCUACCUUGGACAAGAACAUGCUACUCUAAGAGACUCUAUUGCAUUUGACCGUAUCAUCAAGACCGCAGAGUCCACAGGUCGCCCGAGUUACGACAUGUCAACUAAAACUCAUGGUAUAAGGUUUCAUUUCCGACAAUCACAGGGUAUCACUGCAUUGGGUGCAUUUCGUAUAGGCGUCGAAUAUGAAGGAGAAUCGCAUUAUACUUCAACUAUUGUCCUCAUGCAUAAUGCAACAAUAACUCCCGAACAAACAACCUUGACUGCCCAUCUCGGAGAAACUGUUACAAUCCUUUUCAACACAGAUAUGAUGACUGACACACUCAAGUGGCGGUUUAAUGGGGAUUUAAUAUAUGGCUCUAAAGGAAAGCAGAGUCUCACUUUGGAAAAUAUACAGAUGGAUAAGGCUGGAUUAUAUAAAUGUUUUAUACAGUCACACAGAUGGGAUGCAGACCAGCAAGCAAUACAGCUACUUCAUAUCAUCAAAUGUCCAGCAUACCGUUGGGGAGCUGACUGUGAACAAGAUUGUCCUGAGUGUCUUAACGGAGGCAGGUGUGAUGCAGACUCGGGGGAGUGUGUAUGUCCUCCUGGUUUUAGCGGGACAACAUGCGAUCAAGUCCUGGGGAGCAACCGGUUUGGACAAAAUGGCAGUUUUUCCUGUGAUACCUCAGGAGAUGACCACAGUCUAGCGUGUCGGGGAAAACUCUUCUGCCUACCAGACCCCUUUGGAUGCACCUGUGCUGCGGGAUUCAUGGGGAUCGAUUGCACAAGAGAAUGUGCACGAGGGAGAUAUGGGGCCAACUGCUUGCAAGAAUGCCACUGUGGCCCAACGAACAUCUGUAAGAAGGAUACAGGGGAGUGUAUGGAUGGGACUACAUGUGCAGAUGACUGGACAGGUGUCAAUUGCCAAGUUAGAGGUUCACCCUCUCUUGACACUGGUGAUGAUGAAGUGAUUACGGAUAUUGCAACCACUUCUCUCUACGCUCCCAUUGCUGACACCACUUUAGCUCCAAUUCCAGUUACCACGAUAGAUACCAUCCCCGCUAGCACAACCGAGACUACACAACCAGUUCCAUCUUUUGAAAUAUCAAGCUUCCAGUACUCCCGGGUUAACCACGGGAAUCCUACAACAUUUAUUUGUGUUGUGAAGGCAUCUCCGAGUCCUCCUGCAUUAGAAAGCAUCAGCGUCACCUACACAGUGAACGGACAACUAACGAUCAUUCCACGACUCAAUUCCACCGCUAAUGAGACAACCAGAACAUCCUGGUACCAGGCUACAGUGAGACUUGAUGAGAUGCCCAAGAACUUUACGUGUCUUUUCCGUGGACCGGACGAGAUGAUAUUAGCCUCACAAGAUCUUGCUGUCUAUGUCUUUGAGCCCCCAAACUUUAAUGAAGCAAACAUUCUCGUUCGGGAAUCAACAUCUCAAUCGAUCACCAUACGCUGGUCAGCUUGGAAUGGGAAUUAUGAUUACGGCGAUGGGCCAGUGAUUGGAUAUCAUGUCUACUACAACACCAAUGGUCAAAGUGAUCUAGUUAGAGCAUCACAAAAUAUCAUCAGCAAUACAACCUACCACAUCACUGGAUUGGUACACGAUAGACAGUAUGAUAUCAGAGUGACUGCUUUAAGAGAAGGUGAAGGGGGAGAGGGGAGUUACAGCUCACCAAUAACAAAAAGGACCAGCUGUAUUGCACCUUCUACCGCACCCGUCUUAUCCCUGAGAGGUCAAACUCAAUCAUCAAUCUCUCUGAGUUGGGAGGUGAUCUAUGACUAUUUCAUAUAUUCUUAUAAUUAAUCGCAAUUUAGGCUAAAAUAUGUUAAGAAAAAUAGCUGGCUGUGUAUUAUCAUAAAUAAGGCAUCUCUGAAUAAGAAAAAAAAAACUAGCAUUUAGUAUGCUCUCCAUAGUUAACUAUAUCACAGCGUUUACAAACGAUUUUAAAACAAGUACAUGAUAAUUACAAUACAAAUACACGCAAAAGAAAUUAAUCGG